AUGACCGCCAGCCUCGUCUUUUCCAAUAUCUCUUUACCAGAAUCCUGUGACAACUUUUGGGUGUUGCGGAGGUCAAAGGGGACGAAUGGCGCAAAAAUAAAAUUGGAUCAUUUGUCUGUGUGUUUUUCUUUUCCCUUUUCUUAUCUUUCAUCUCCCUUUUUCUUUUAUUCUUUUUGUACCCUUUCAUUCUUCUUUCUUUACUUUUUUCGCAACUUGUUUAUUUCUCGAUUUCCUUCAUUUUUCUCCUUUCAAACAUUCUAUCUUUUUCUUUUAAAAAUCCUUUUGCUCGUUAUUUCAUUUAAAUAUUUCCUUCAUUUUUCUCUUUCUUUCAUUUUUCUUUCUUUACUUCUUUCUUUCUUUCAAUUUUUCCUUCUUUUAUCUUUCAUUAAUUUUUGUUUCCUAAUUCCUGUCUUUCUUUCUUUCUUUCUUUCUUUCUUUCUUUCUUUCUUUCUCUCAAUUUUUUUCAUUCUUCUAUCUUGCACUCAUUUUCUUCCUGUUUUUUAUUCAUUCAUUCUUUCUUUGUUUUUUCUUACUUUCUCCUUUAUCAAUUGUUUUCUUUCAUUGUUUUAUCUUUCAUUCAUUAAAUUUCCUGUCUUUCUUCCUUUCUGUCACUCAUUCAUUCUUUUUCUUCUUUCUUUCUUUCUUUCUUUCUUUCUUUCUUUCUCCACUUGCUCUUUUCUUUUUUCCGCUUCGUGGUUUAUUUAUUCAUUUCAUCCAAUUCUCUUAUCUCGAACAUUCCAUAAUUCUAUCUUGAUGUUUUCUGUCUUUCAUUGUUUUCCUUUCUGUCUCCAAUUCCUUCAUUUUCCCCUCUCAAAAUUCCAUCAUUUCCCAAGUUUUCUUCUUUUCAGUAAAUCGUUCUUUCUGCAUUAUUUUAUAUUUCUUCUCUUCCCUUCUAUUACUUGA